AUGCGCGUCCACACGGACCUCGCCUGCCUGGCUGACUCGACGGGGCUCCCGGUCCCAGGCGCGGCGCGGCGCUUUUUCGCGCGCCCGAUCCUCAGCUUGAGCUGCGCUGCGGCUCUCCCUGUUCGCCCCGCCAUGCUAGUCUGCAAUGCCCGACAUGUCAAGCCGAAGCGGGAGGCACAACCGAAGGCGACUUUCCUUCGGAAUAACUUGGAAAGCAGAGUCAGUCCUGGGGCGGAAGAUCCCUCUUCGGCCGGCCGAGCGGCCUGCCCUCCUGUCUCCUCCGAGGCCAGCGGCUUUUGGAAGCGCUUUUCCCGGCUGCGGAGCUGGCUCCGUCGGACUGUCAACUCUGCAGCCCAGAGAGCGUGGCAGGGACCUAUGACUAACAAACACCACAAUUUAGGCAUGGCUCAGCCCCGCUUAUGCACCCCGCACCUCACCCCCGGGACGGAGCCGACCCUCCUAACGGGCUGCUGGGUGCAAGCGGUGCCUUGUGCUCCCCGGGCCCGGACGGAUCCCUCGCGAAGCGCGCUUGAAGAGAUGGGUAAGCGGUGCGGGCAGGCUGGGCCCCCCGCGCUGACGCUGCCCGCCGGGCUCUCUCUCUCUCUUUCCGUGCGUGUCUUUCUGCAGGAGAGCGCGGCGCAGCGAUGCUGGACGCCUCGUCGGAGGUCUGCGGGCCACUCCCGGCAGCUGCUGCUGCAGCUCAACGCGCAGCGCACCAAGGGCUUCCUGUGCGACGUGAUCCUGGUGGUGCAGAACGCGCUCUUCCGCGCGCACAAGAACGUGCUGGCGGCCAGCAGCGCCUACCUCAAGGCCCUGGUGGUCCACGACAACCUCAUCAACCUGGACCAGGAGAUGGUCAGCCCGGGCGUCUUCCGCGCCGUCCUCGACUUCAUCUACACGGGCCGCACUGGCGACUCUGACGGCGGCGGCGGCGGAGAGGGAGAGCCCAGCCUGGGCGCCGUGCUGGCCGCCGCUAGCUACCUGCAGAUCCCAGACUUGGUGGCCUUGUGCAAGAAGAAGCUCAAGCGUUCAGGCAAGUACUGCCAGCUCCGCGGCGGCUACUCGCCCUUUGGCAAGCUGGCGCGCGGCUUGCGCGCCGCCACGCCCGUCAUCCAGAGUUGCUACGCGCCCCCGGGGCUGCCGCCGCGCCCCGCCGAGCCACUCAGCACCCACUGCGGGGAGCUGUAUGCUGCAGCCUCCGCGCACCCUCAUGGGGCCGGUCUAUGCCCCCCGGAGCGCCUCUGCUCCCCACUCUGCGGCCUCGACCUCUCCAAAAAGAGCCCCAACGGGCCCUCGCCGCAGCUGCCCGCCCCGCCGCCCGCCGCCGGAGAGCCGCCUGCGCGCCACCAUGGAGGGUCGCGAGAACGCCAGGCCCGAGAGCCCGCCUUGCUGCCCAACCACUCGGCCUUUGGGGAGGCGGCCCCUUCGCAGCUGCAGGCGCCCUACCACCACCUCCUGCACCACCACCGCGCAGGCAGCCCGGCGGAGCCGUCGGGGCGCGCCGGCGAGCUGGCGCCGCCGGAGUUCUUCUACCGCUGGAUGAAGCACGAGCCGCUGGUGGGCGGCUACGUGGAGGACGACGACGAAGACGACGACGAGGGCGGGGGCGGGGGCGAUUGCCGGGGAGUGCGGCGGGACAAGGAGGGCGAGCUGGACCACAAGCCUGAGUCGCCCUCCUCGCAGGAGCAGCCGCCGCGGCGCUAUCAGCUUGGAGAGCGGCGGUGGAGGCGAGCCCGACGGGGAGGACCUGGAGACGACAAGAGCACUAGCGAGGAGACGGGCUGCAGCAGCGGAGGGCCAUCCCCGGCGGGCGGCAGCCUGGAGCGCUACCUGGGCUACGAGCCGGAGAGCUUCGGUGGCGACAACCUGUAUGUGUGCAUCCCGUGCGGGAAGGGCUUCCCGUCGUCGGAGCAGCUGAACGCGCACGUCGAGGCGCACAACGAGGAAGAGGAGCUGUACCGCAAGGAGGCCGCCGAGGCUGCUGCUGCCGCCGGGCAGAGUUCUCCUUUUCUGGACAAACCUCUUCCGCCAUCGUCGCUGCCGCAGCAGCAGGGGCCUCCACCACCGCCGCUGCCGUCGGGGGCGUGCGACCUGCUGCGCCCUUACCGCUGCUCGUCGUGCGACAAGGCCUACAAGGACCCGGCCACGCUGCGGCAGCACGAGAAGACGCACUGGCUGACGCGGCCCUACCCCUGUUCCAUCUGCGGCAAGAAGUUCACGCAGCGCGGCACCAUGACUCGCCACAUGCGGAGCCACUUGGGCCUCAAACCCUUUGCGUGCGAGGCGUGCGGGAUGCGCUUUACGCGCCAGUACCGCCUGACGGAGCACAUGCGCAUCCACUCCGGAGAGAAGCCCUACGAGUGCCAGGUGUGCGGGGCAAGUUCGCCCCAGCAGAGGAACCUGCUCAGCCACAUGAAGAUGCACGCGGCGGCGGCGGCGGCGGCUGCAGCGGCGGCGGCGGCGGGCCCCGACGGCAAGCUCAAGCUGGACUUCCCCGAGGGCGUGUUGGCCAUGGCGCGCCUGGCGCAGCAGCAGCAGCACGACAAGGAGCUGCUCAGCCACACGUCGCACUUCCUGGCUGCCGCCGCCGACCCCAAGGCCGCCAUGGAAGGUCUCUACCUCGGGCUCAGCCCUGACAAGGCGGCCGAGGUGCUCGCCCAGGGAGCUGCAGCCGCUGCAGCUGCCGCCGCCGCCGCCGCCGCCCACCUGCACAACGACCACCACGCCCGGACCAUAGAGCGCUUUUCACCCCCCUGACGACCCCCGCAUCACCCCCCGCCACGGACCGCGGCUUCUUGGGGAGGAAGGGGGCUCCCCCAAGUUGUUUGGGAUGUGAGAGUGCCUGUGUUC